AUGGCUGAAGUAAAAGCCCUUGUCAGCGAGCUUCUCUUGCUCCUCAUCUCAGACACAGAUCUCUCCAAAAUUUGUAAACCAUCUUCUUCUUCUUCUUCUUCUUCUUCUUCUUCUUCUUCCUCAUCAUCAUCAUCAUCAUCAUCAUCACCAGCCUCUGCAACACAAAUCACCCCUCCACCAGAUAAUCCAUACGCCCAUCUCAAUAAACAUGACCUUUGGUCUCAUCUCGAUGACCUUCUCUUCCCAUACAUGAGCUAUAAUAUGAAGGUCCUCAUGGCUCCUCCUCCAACCUCCCGAGGCCUUGUCAUUAAAAAAACAACUUCAAACCAACCAUCCCUCCUAGACGCCUUUGUCAAAGCAAACAUCACCUCAGAAGCUGCCUCCCUAUAUUCCCUCGACCAUCUACUUCCAGUCGCUGUUUACGAAGCUUGUACAAAAGAACUCUUAGAAAUUGCUGCCCUUGAAGGUGCCCUACUCUCCCAAGAUGCCGCUGCUAUCCUCGACCUCUCAAGAGCUGCUGGAAACGGCCUAGGCACCGCCCGUUCUGCCGCCAUUGCUUCUGCUUCUGCAGCAGCUGUUAUCUCUUCUCCUGCUUUUGGUUCCGGUACUGCUACUCCAAAUGUUCCAGGAUCUGUCGCUCUCUCCACUUCUACUUUUACUUCCUCUCCCUCUCCAUCUCCCUCUUCUUUGCUCAUACAAAAAAAGUCUACCACCCCAGGUGACCACUCACCAGCCCUCCCGGAAAAACGGAGACGCCUGGCUGCAUAUUCCUUACCCGGCCUGGGCAUCAUCAACAAUAAUGUCGACUUGGAUGACGUUGUCUCCUCCCACAUUCACCACGUGAUCCACCAUCACAUGACUGCAGUCACGGUUAACUUCCGUCGCAUCACCCGCUCUCGCCUCCAGGCCCGGUGCACUGUCCCGGCCCUUCCUCCCCUUGUGCUCUCUCGUAACCGCACCGCCGCAGGUCGUGCUCCACCCCCAGCAAACGCAACUGAUGUUGAAAAACCCCUUGACCCAGGCACCUCAUUCGACUUUAUCUGGGAGUCCUCCGCCAUUGACGGUCUUCAUAAUUGGAAACUCCGCCGUUUUGGUUUUGCCGACUCUGAUGACGAAGAACAUUACUGGCGGCCUUGGGAACUCACUCUCCAAGAUGCUGAGGCCGAUUACGAUAUCUUCCAGCAACAAGACUACAAGGCAGAUCUCGCACCUCUUGACGUGUCCGAUAUUGAUUGGGACUCGCUCACUUCUGCAACAACUCCAACAGACGACACCAUGGACACACUCUCUUCCUCUACACACUCUCUAACCCUUCACGAGCCACUCUCGUCUCUACCAGCAAUCAACAACUGCAAUGUGCCCUCCAAAAACUUGACAAAUGGUGUUUACUACAAUAUCCCAGAUUCCCACUCCUCCACUGCGUCCUCUAAGCAUGGCAAGUAUCUAGGGAAAACAUUGGGUCAAUCUAAUUCAAAUACUGGCUAUUCUUCCACUUUUAACUUUCAUUCAAACAAACCUGCUGCUGCCGCUCAGUCUGGCCGGCCCGUCGUGCUCGGCAGUACCACCCACCAUUACUAUAACCCUCUUAACCCAGGACAACAUCCAGGGUACCACCAUGCAUGGGGUCAUGAUGACCAUCAUAACCAUUACGAAUCGCUUGAAAUCGACUAUGAAGACGACUAUUCCUACAAGCAGUCUCAUCCUGUUUUCCAGCAUCCCAUUGCGUCCUAUGACGUUUACGAUGACGAUGAUGAUAUCUUUGGUGUAUGCCACAGCAUGCCUGCAGAGGCCCCCAAACCUAAAAUUGUUGCUCCAGCUCCUGUUGCUGCUUUGACUGCUGUUGCUGCUACUGCCCCUGGAAUUUCUGCUGGUGGUUCAAGUACCACACUUUCUGCAGCCACAGGUAUAAGUGCACAAGCAAACAAACCUAGUCUUACUGUGCAAACCUCGGGACUCUUUGGAUCUUCAGCAACUCCCGUUGUCGCUACUUCUGCUUACCAGCAACCUGCAAAUGCGACUGCUACAAAAACACAACCCACACCGCAGCCUUUGCUGCAACGUGUGUGUGAUGGCGAUGAUGAUGACGAGGCUGCCUACUGGGACCGUUAUGACGAUUUUGUCUAA